ACUGGCAUCUUCAUCAGUCACCAUCAUACUCGCAAAAUUAUGGGUAAGUGAAAGUAACAGUCGCCUUCUGUCUGUAUUAAUACCCCUUAUGCAUUUUUCUAGACUUUCAAGUAAGUCAUACCUGGUGUGCUCUGGGAAUACAUUUUUACCUUUGUUCCAGAAUCGUGUCGGUUCCAAGUUUGGCGGGGGUGGUGUCGCUGGGGCUUCGGAGACCAACGUGGACAGGCGGGAACGUUUGCGUAAGCUUGCGCUCGAGACAAUUGAUCUUGCAAAAGAUCCUUAUAUCUUAAGGAAUCAUUUGGGUGGCCUCGAAUGUCGUCUCUGUCUGACACUCCACACGAACGAAGGUUCAUACCUGGCUCACACUCAGGGAAAGAAGCAUCAGACCAAUCUCGCUCGCCGUGCGGCCCGCGAUGCUAAGGACACCCAGUUGAUGAUCGCUCCGACUCAAAGCAAUGUACAACGCAAAGUGUUCCUCAAAAUAGGACGCCCUGGCUACCGAGUAACGAAAGUGCGGGACAAAGAUACUGGCAAAGAAGGUAUGAUGGUCCAGGUCCACCUUCCUCAAAUCAAAGCAGAUGUCAUCCCUCGCCGACGAUUUAUGAGUGCGUGGGAGCAAAAGAGGGAGCCUCCGAACAAGGCAUACCAGUAUCUUAUCGUGGCUGCUGAGCCGUAUGAGACAAUUGCUUUCCGUAUUCCCGCCCGCGAGAUAGAAGACGAAGCUGACGACGCCGGAUAUUGGAAUUGGUCGUAUUGGGAUCCUGACACGAAACAAUAUAGCUUCCAGUUCAUGUUCCGUUUGACUUAUUGAUGUUGCCCGCUGAUCACACAAUGUUCUUUUCAUGCCAUACCAUU